CUCCCCCGCACAACAUCAACAUGUCUGGCUCCGCUGCGUUCCUCGAGGCCGUCAAGGCCCGCCGUUCUAUUUACACCAUCGGCUCCGAGUCGACCAUCUCCGACGAGAAGAUUGAGGAGAUCAUCGCGACCGCUGUCAAGCACGCGCCCUCUUCCUUCAACGUCCAGUCCAGCCGCGUUUCAAAAUGCUUAUGCAUGACCCCCUGCGGGCUGCGGGUACACGGUUCACGGAACGUGACGCAGAUGCGCGAGAGUCCUCCAACGGUGGACGGCAGCGGAGUGCGGAGUGCGAGCAUAGACAGAGCCAGUUCUGCGCGCGAGGACGCCGCAGAAAAACGUCGGGCGGUCCUCCUCCUCGGCGACGAGCACAAGAAGCUCUGGGAGAUCACGCUGAACGUGCUCAAGGGCAUCGUACCCGCAGACCAGCUCCCCGCGACCGAGGGCAAGAUCAACGGCUGCUUCGCCGCCGGCCACGGCACCGUCCUCUUCUUCGAGGACCAGGAGGGCGUCAAGGCCCUCCAGGCGCAGUACCCCACCUACCAGGACCGCUUCCCCGCCUGGUCCGAGCACGCCAGCGGCAUCCUGCAGUACAUCGUGUGGACGGCGCUCGAGGCGGAGGGCCUCGGCGCGACGCUGCAGCACUACAACCCGCUCAUCAGCGCGCAGGUGCUCGCAACGUGGGACCUGCCCACGUCCUGGGUCCUCGUCGCGCAGCUGCCGUUUGGCAAGCCGACCGCGCCCGCGGGCGAGAAGACGUUCGAGCCCGUCGAGGGCAAGCGGUUCCUGACUUUCGGGAAGAAGUAAAUGUAGAGGAUUCGGACAUAGAUGUGUGUCAUGGAUUUUGUAGAGCUAUAUAUUGAUCUUCUUUGAGGAU